AUGGAAGCUUUCGACGAAUUACUGAACAUGAGCCUUACACAGCCGCUAGCAGAGUACGACACAGGAUCGGAGCAUGGUGAAUUUAAGCUUGAAUGGGACUUUUUGAGUGAAAAUGAAAACAGUUCGAAUUUGCCGACCACAUCGGGUGAUCGUUUUGCGCCCCUAGUGACCGAGAGUGAACUGAAAUCUGUAAUUGAAAGCCAGGAAAACAUAAACACUAAACAAAACACUAGAUGGGCGGUCAACGUGUUUGAGAAAUGGAGAACCGGCAGUUCCGAAACUAUUCCAGAACUUCAAUUCCAGGGCAGCGAGGAAAUGAAUUACUGGUUACAACGCUUUAUAGUGGAAGCUAGAGGGCAGGAUGAUGCAAAAAUGAAGUCGCUGAUUGAAAAAGGCAUAGGGUGUAUUACGAAGAAGGCUGAUCCUAUUUUACCAGAAGAUGAGGCCAAGUUGUGGGAUGUUGGAGUGUUUGGAAAGAAAAAUGCAGAACAACUUCAGAAAACGAUUUUCUUUUACGCAUGUAAAAUCUUUGGUUUGCGUGGGUGCGACGAACAUCAUAACCUGGAAUGUGAACAGUUUACUAUUGGAUCAGAUCAGCUGGAAAAAUUUAUUGAGUUUACGGGUCGAGAAACCAAAACGUACAAAGGAGGGCUCGGACAGCUAAAUGUGUGCAACAAGACUAUUAAACAUCACUGCCAGUCCGGUGAGAGAUGCAUUGCUGACUAUUUUGAUCCAUAUCUGGAUUCUCUUGGACGCCAAGGAACAUUCUAUCGAAGACCUCUGCCCGCAACAUCUGAGGUGCUAAUCCGAUACGGAAAUCAAGUUGUGGGAAUUAACAAGCUGAAAAACUUAAUGCGAAUCAUCUGCACGGAAGGUGGUUUACAGGGUAAUUAUUCGAAUCAUAGCGGCAAACGCACUUGUGCGACCCAGCUAUAUAUGUCUGGUGUUGAAGAGCAGCAGAUAAUGGAUCGGACUGGUCAUCGUUCUCAAGCAGGUGUCCGUAAAUACAAAAGAUCCAGUGCACAAAUGGAAGCUAAUGUGUCAAAGAUCUUGGAUCCGCCCAAAGAGUGUACCGAGAAUUCUACUCCGUUGAAUACUCUAGAUGAAUGCACUCCAGAUAUUUCAGAUGAGUGUCCCGUUAUUCCACAGACUGCAGCAAAUGUCCAGGGUGAGGAGGAACCUCAGAGCAAGAGAUUCAAACCGAACAGAUUCCCGUUUGGAGAAUUUAAAAAUUGUAACAUUACAUUUCAGUUUUAAAGUGAAAAUUUCACAAAA